GAGCGAUCCCCACUGCGACGUCCACAUCCUUUUAUGAGUUUUGACCCCUCAAUCUUUCCUUAAUUCUCCGAGACGUCCUCCAACUCGAGUCCAAAGUACACAGACUCUGCGUUCAGUCUUCCCUUUUAUAUAUAUCUCCCUCUCCAUGUCGCCGUUCCUCUCGCAAUUGUUCCUCUUUUCGCCGAGUAGAAGAGGAUCGGGGACGCUCAAAACCCUAGAAUCCGGAUCCAAAGGUUAGGGCAGCGUCCGAGGCAUGGACGACUAUGUGGGGAUACCUGAGGACCUGAGGUGCAAGAGAUCGGACGGGAAACAGUGGAGGUGCAGCGCCCUGUCGAUGCCAGAUAAGACCGUAUGCGAGAAGCACUACAUCCAGGCGAAGAGGCGGGCGGCAAACUCUGCGCAGAGGGCGAGUGAGAGGAAGGCGAGGCGGAAGUCUCUUGACGACGCUGAUAUAUACUUGGAGAGCAGGAGUAAGGAGCCUGAAACGUCGAGGUCCAUGUCUCCGAUGAAUGUAGGUGGGGCGGAGUUGCCUUCUGUGAACAAGUACAAGGAGAAGAUGCCCAGAGGGCAGGCCUUGUACUCUCGUGGGACAGCGAGGAGUUUUUCAGCGCAUGGUGUUAAGGGAAGGUCUAUUCAGGAGGUGCAGAGAGAUGCGCUUCAUGUUGAGGAGAAUCAAGUUAGAACUGUAUACAAGACUCCACCAUUGUAUAGGGAGGCAAAGAACUACAAUGGGAGUAGCCGAGGGGAAUCUUCUGGAAAAAGUUCUGGUUCUUCUGGUGAGGCUGAUGGACAAAUUUGUCAUCACUGCCGGAAGAAUGACCGAGCUAGUGUCGUUUGGUGUAUUAGUUGCGAGAGGAGAGGGUACUGUAGUGGCUGCAUAUCAAGAUGGUAUGCUGACAUCCCUGUGGAAGACAUCCGUCAGGUUUGCCCAGCAUGUCGUGGUAUAUGUACUUGUAAAGCUUGCUUGCAGGGAGAUAAUUUAGUUAAGGCUAAGAUACAGGAGAUGGCUGCAAUCGAUAAGUUGAGAUAUCUUCAUAGCCUUUUGAAAUUCAUACUUCCUGUGCUUAAGCAGAUUUAUGCAGAGCAAUGCUUUGAGAUAGGCGUUGAAACAAGAAUAUAUGGGCCUAAAGCUGAUAUUCCAAGGGUAAAGAUAGAUGCGGAUGAGCAGCUGUGCUGUGACUUCUGCAAAGUACCAAUUCUCGAUUAUCAUCGACACUGUACAAACUGUUCAUAUGAUUUAUGCCUCACCUGUUGUCGGGAUCUUCGACGGUCAUCUUCGGUUGCCGUUAGAGGUGAAUGCAAUCAGGGUUGGUCUUCUGAGAGAAGCAAAGAUGCCAAUGCUGUGGCCACAUGUCUAGAAUCAUCUGAAAGAAGUGCUAGUGAUGACUGUACAAUUAACUUUGUUCAUCAGUUUCCCAGGUGGAAAGCCAACAGUGAUGGCACCAUCAAUUGUGGACCUAUGGAGGCAGGUGGCUGUGGGUCCUCGAAGUUAGUUUUGAGGCGUAUUUUCAAAAUAAACUGGGUCGCAAAACUGGUAAAAAGUGCUGAGGAAAUGGUUAACGGAUGCACAAUUUGUGAUGUAGAUGGUUUGAUGAGAUGUCCUUGUACAGGGAAUAACACUUCUGAGUCAAAUUGGGUAAGUAAGUUCACUCGUCGUCAGUGCUCUAUGAGAGAUGGUAGCGAUGAUAAUUUCUUGUACUUCCCAUUGUCAGAGGAUAUAAAACAUGAAGGCAUCAGUCAUUUUCAUGAGCACUGGGUUAAGGGUGAACCAGUUAUUGUAAGACAUACAUUUGAGUGUCCAUUGGCUUCAAGUUGGGAUCCAUCCAUUAUAUGGAAAGGCAUUCAAGAGACUAUAGAUGAGAGAAUGGAUGAGAAUAUGAAGGUGAAAGCCUUCAAUUGUUAUGAUCUGUCAGAGGUUGAAAUUGAACUAGUUCAGUUCAUUAAAGGAUAUUCAGAGGGUUGUAUGCAUGAAGAUGGCCAGCCAGAAAUGUUAAGAAUAAAGGAUUGGCCAACUCCUGGUGCUGUGGAAGAGUUUAUAUUAUGUCAGAGACCAGAGUUUCUUGGUAAUUUCCCAUUGGUUGAAUUUGUUCAUUACAAGUGGGGUAUUCUAAAUCUUGCUGCAAAGCUACCGCAUGAUGCGAUGCAAAAUGAAGUAGGACCUAAACUUGUUAUUUCUUAUGGCACACACAAAGAGCUUGAUAAAGGUGAUCCUGUGGCCAAUCUUCAAGUAAAUAUGGGUGAUAUGGUUUCCCUUUUAAUGCACACAGCUGAUGCAGCUUUAAAGAGGUCUGAGGUUGAAAAAAGCAAUAGAACUUUCAAGGAUUUCGAAGCUGCAAAGCCCCUUGAGAAUGUCAAUUUUAUGGAUUCUAAUGUGUCUUUGGAUGAGCAUACAGGGAUAUCUGAUAUAUCUUCCAGAGAAUGCAGUAAGGAAGACGAGUUCUCCUUGGGUUUGAAAACCAAGGAGGACACCACUAUGGAUAUUCAAGAAUUCAAUCACCAUGAACUAAGUGCUCACGAAAGGAGGGAUUCUGAAUCUACUAAUGCAGACAAGCACUUGCCUGACCCUUCAGAAAGAGCUUGUGCUGGAGCCAUUUGGGAUGUUUUUCGCAGACAAGAUGUUCCUAAGCUGAAUGAAUACUUGAAGAUUAAUUGGACGAACCUUACAAGUUCUAGUGAAUUUACCAAUUUGGUUAUGCCUCUCUAUAACCAAGCUGUGUACCUAAACAAUGAUCAGAAGAAAAUGCUGAAGGAACAAUUCAGAAUUGAGCCAUGGACAUUUGAGCAGCAUGUUGGUGAGGCUGUUUUUAUUCCUGCUGGAUGUCCUUUUCAGGUUCGAAAUCUUCAGUCAUCGGUUCAGUUGGUUCUUGACUUUUUAUCUCCGGAGAGCUUAAGAGAGGCUGCUCGUAUGGCCGAAGAAAUUCGUUGCCUUCCAAACAAUCAUGAAGCAAAACUUAAGAUGUUGGAGGUGGGAAAGAUGUCUAUGUAUGCUGCCAGUUCAGCCAUCAGAGAAAUUCAGAAAAUAACACUCGAUCCCAGGCUCAGUUCAGAUGUUAAAUUUGAGAACCGGAAUCUCACUGCAUUAGUUUCUGAGAAUAUAGAAAAGUUGACAAAGCGACGACAAGUAGUUUGCAGUUGAAUCGGCUGAUUUCACAUUUGAUUAAUGUAAAGAUUGUUUGUGCUAAAGGAUUGUAUAUAGUUUAUAUACGGUGAUGUAAACAUCAUCUCCAAGGAAGAUGAAUGUAAUGUUGGUGAGGUGACUCUUCUCUUUAGCUUCUAGGCCAAGCAUUUGCAGAGAAAUACUAGAUAUAAAUUUAUUUGGAGAUGGCUACAAUAGCCAAACACAUUAUGGACUAAUAAUCAAAGCUUGUAAGUUAUUUUUUUUGUUUUGACUAA